AUGGAGGAGGAAAACAGCCCCCAAAGCUCCGUGGAGGAUGUCUUCAUUCCCAAAGAGCUGCUCACAACUGCUAAAUUCAAUUCGCCUUGGGAGUUGGCACGAUGGGAACAAUCUCUUCCGGAAAACAAUCGUAUCUCUAUUCCAGCUCAACCUCGCACGUCGCCCAACCGUCCUUACAGUCUUUCUGCUUUGCGAGCCGUAGCAAGACCUCGAUCUGCAAUCCGGCCCAGAGGACGCAGUGAUCCCCCAGCAUUCCAAGGCGAAAUCUUUGAUUUCUUUGCAAAGCCAGCCACAUUUGAGCCCGCAUCACCUAUACCGGAAAAAGAACCAAUCUCGCCAGUGCAAAAUGCUUUUCUGAACCCGUCAAGCAAGGCUAGCUCUACCACUUUCAGCAGUGAACAGAGAAAUUUACAAGAAGUUUACGAAAAAGCCAAAUUAAGAGGCGUUGCCAUCCAACGCAAGCAUUGGGUCCGGCUUUUGUUCGAAUAUAGCAUCUACGCAUUCCUGGUUCUUUUUAUAUAUUUUGUCCUCGUCGGUAUGCCGCUGUGGAAAGGCGCCGUUUGGUGGUUAUAUUAUGUCGUUCGAACCAAGUUCGUUAUCCAGGGUGGAUACGCAAUUACGAUUGGUUUGGCUGCAUUAUACGCAUUCUGCCCCCUGAUGAUCCUCUUCGAAAAUGACCCACCAGCAAUUCCCGAAUCAGAAGACACCCCCGAUUUAGAAAGCAACACUUCAAAUGUCAAAACGACAGCGCUGCUGAUCCCCUGCUAUAAAUCAGCCACAAUCAUCGGCCCAACUCUCACAGCUGCGCUGAAAAUCUUCCCCAAAGAAAACAUUUUUGUUAUUGCAAACGGCAAUUCCAAAACACCCCUCGACAAUACAGAAGAAGUUUGUAAACCAUUUGGGGUCAACCACCUCUGGGUUCCCAUUGGUUCAAAGAUUGUCGCCCAGUUCGUCGGCUGUUAUGCGGCAAAAGAUUUCGAAAAUGCCGUUCUCAUUGAUGACGACUGCUUGCUACCACCGAAUUUCCCUAUCGUCAGCGACAGACUCAAGGGAAGUGUCAAGUGCCUCGGAUACACGAUCAAGAGCGUUGGCCCCAAUUCCUCGAAAGGAACAUACUGCCAGCAGGCACAGGAUCUGGAGUACAAAAUGUCCGGCAUUCAACGGGCGUUCUUUGGCAAAUUUGGAAGUGCAACCUUCCCUCACGGCGCUAUCUCGCUUUGGAAUAUCGAGUUUCUGAAACAGACUUUCCAUGAACAUCCCGGUUUCUCAGUAUCCGAAGAUUGGUUCUUCGGUGACGCAUGUCGACGUCUUGGGGGACGGAUCACUAUGUGCUCACAGGUAUUUGUCGAAACUGAGACUCCAUCCUCGGUCUUUAUCAGUGGGAGCGGUAGUCGCGGUGGAUUUGGUGAAAUGACCAUCUUCCAGCAGCGAUUUAAAAGAUGGAAUUUCUUCUUUGUUGUCGGCAUGUACUAUGAUUUGAAAUAUAUCCUCACAAGUUGGAAGCUUGGCUGGUGGGAAUUUGGGGCGAAGCUUUGCGUAUUCCAAGAGGUUUACGAAACACUGAUUUACCUCUUCGCUCCAUUUAUACUACCGAUCUCUUUUGUCGUGCGCCCUUCAUUCUGCGGAAUGUUGCUCGGCGUGACGAUCGGAAUGUACAUUAUCAACGUGAUAAUUUUCAACGAGAUCCACUUGCGCCUGAAGAAAGAACGCAUCAACUGGAAAGUGCUUUUGUUUUAUUACACAUUCUAUAAGAUCGCUUUGACAGUCAUCAACGUGUUCAGCUGUUAUUGGUCUUUGUACAAAUACGCACGAUACUUCGCGAAGAGGCAUCCCAAGGUCAUUGAAGACAGGGAUGCAGUUGAAGUUCUACUCAGUCUUGAGAAAGAUUCCAGACGCUCGUCCAUGGAGGAUGAUGUCAUUCCACUUGACGCGGCAGGGGAGCUAGGUCGUGGCCUUGGCCGGAAGUUAACCCUUACAAAGGUUCAGGCUGGCAAGAAGCCGACUCAGCAGGGAUUCGAUGAGAAGGCGGCUGCUAUGGGGUGGACUUGA